AUGCGCUUCCGGGGCGGGACGCCGACUUCCGGGCUCCUCCCACGUCCACACGCCUGGCAUUCAGUUGUGGCGACCAUGGGUGAGCCCUGUGGUGCCGUUCAGGCUUUCCUGAGCCAACACCCGAGCCUGCGGCUGCUCCCCGGCUCCGACAGGGUGCGCUGCGCCCUGACGGGCCACGAGCUGCCCUGCCGCCUGCCCGAGCUGGAGGUCUACACUCGCGGCAAGAGGUAUCAGCGGCUGGCGCGCGCCUCCCCGGCCUUCGACUACGCCGAGUUCGAGCCGCACAUCGUGCCUAGCACCAAGCACCCGCAUCAGUUGUUCUGCAAACUCACCCUGCGACACAUCAACAAGUCCCCAGAGCACGUGUUGAGGCACACCCAGGGUCAGCGGUACCAGAGAGCACUGCAGAAAUAUAAGGAGUGUCAGAAGCAAGGUGUAGAGUUCGUCCCUGCCUGCCUGCUGCACAAGCGUAAGAGGGAAGCCCAGAUGAAUGGGGACCAGCUGAAGGGCACCUUCUGGCAGCCACAAUCCAGUGACGAGGAAGCGGCCCUGAGUGACGACAGCAUGACAGACCUGUACCCACCUGAGCUCUUCACCAAAAAGGACCUAGAAGGGCCUGAGAACAGAGGUGACACUGAUGACUUCUUGAUGGACCAGGAGGACGAGAAGCCAAGGUCCCCAGGAGGGAAGAGCCCCAGGGAGAUGGAAGUGGUUUGUGAGCAGAUCCCUAAGCGCAAGAAGAAGCAACGGGGAUUGAUGACCAAGAAGCUCAAGAGCCGUCACCGCGGGCCGAAGAGCUUAGGUGCCUUCAAGCAGGCACGUUAGGAAGGACCGCAGAGAAGGCCUAGUGUCCUCGGACCAUCAGCCACUCACCGCUGCCCCUGAAGUGGGGCUGAGGGGUCAGCUCUGUACCCUGGGAAGUAGCAGGGGUGCUAUGCCCACGCUCCUCAGGUCUUAGGCCUCAGGUGCAGCCGGGGUGAGCAGCUCGCUGCAGCACCCAGGCCAGACACUGUGGGGUCAUGCCGCUUACACAAAUGCCUUAUUUAUUUUGAAGUUUCCAAAAAGUCAAACACAACUAAGAUAUAAAAUACAGCAUAAAAAUGAUUUAUACCUAUUCCCACGUAAAGUAAAAGCAUUUUCAGAAACGGUUUUGCCGAAACCAAUGGGCAGAUCCAACCCCACCCACCCACUGCCCCAAGGCCGCAAAGCUGGCUUCAGACUUGCACUUGGCCCCAGGCUGGCCUCCCACCACCCAACCCACAGUUCCAGAGAAACUGCCCUGCCCAGCCUCAUCCAAAGGGACCUUGCUGUGCUCCAGGGAGGGACAUCAUGGGGGUAUGGGCCCUGUGGCCUGAAGCCACUGCUGGGUCUCACACAUGGGAGGCUCAGUGCCAAUCACAAGGAAACAACCAAGGGAGAAGUGUCAGCUGCUGGCGGGGCUACCACUGUCCCCUCAGCACUGCCAAUAGUGGCUUUGGGGAUGCACCUUGGCUGCAAAUGUACUUUGCAGCCCUGGUCCUUCCCAGGGCUGUGGGCCUGGUCACUGUCCCUAAGGGGCCUGGGGAAGCCUUGAAAGGUCCCAGCCCCCCUGUGGCAUUUGCUACCAUGCAGAUAAGCAGAACCACAGCAUUGGCCCCGCCCCCCUAAAAAGAGGACACAGUGUAAGGCAAUGUUAGAAAACUUUAAAUACAGGACUGAGACCAGAUCGGUAAGGCAUCACAAACUGUGAGACAUAAUCUCGGACAAAACUGGAGCAAGCAACAGCCUCGGGGACGUGACUCGGCUGCUGGGGCAUCCAGGCCUGGCUCUGAAGGUCAGGUGAGGUAACUGGGCUGCGCCCAUGGGGCCACUGCUCCCCAAGCUGAUUCAGUGGUGGGGCUGGCCAUCCUAUAUGCAGCCUCCUGACCGGUGCACCACAGGACAGGACAGUGGCAGCGACCCAAGGGUGUGUGGCCUCAGCCUCGAGCCAUUGUACAUUGGGGUAUGUGUCACCCAGGAUCAGAGCCCAGCUGAGCGUAUGAAUGUGGCAUCACCAGCAGCCUGGGUUGCCCCUGCAAUACUGCCUCGCUCCUUGGCUCCAGAGCUCCUAGGAGGUCUUCAGUGGCUGAGCAGGAAAGGAACUACAAUUCGAGGGCAGAGCAGUGUGGAUACCACUGGUGCGGUUCUAACCCAGGGCGCUGAGCUGGGAGAUGUCUGCAGGGCCCACCCGAGACGUGUAGUUUGAGCAAAGAAUGUAAACUGAAGAAACGAGGGAGACUGCUCUGUCCAGCUGGAAGGCCCUCACCCCAAAAAGGACUCAAAAACAGGGCUGGGGGGCCAUGACCCAGCAUGCCACUCGCUCCGAGCCUGGGCAGGGCCGAUCGUCCAUCCGGCAGGCCGCACUCAGCAGUCAGUACCAGACUGGUUCCAGAGCAGACUUGUCCCAUCGGUUUUCAGGGUCUGUAAAUAAAGUUCUCAAAACAUCGGUGCCUUUACCAAGGGGAGGGAGGGGAGGAAACAAAUGCUGGCAGCUUCUCGGCUCCACCCUGAACCAGUCCUCGAUGGCUGGGUCUUGGCCGGGUAGGGCAGGGACCUGUCGGUUACCAUUCCUUCUUCUUCUCAUCCAUGGAGACGCCCCCUGGGCCCAGCGCCACCACCAGGAGCAAGCCUCCAAUCACCGACAUGGUCUGGAAGAAGUCGUACUUGAGGAAGUCGUGCAUGGGCUUAUAGACAGGAAUGGUCCAGAAGGCGUUGAAGUACACGUUGAUGGCAAACAGCCAGAUGACAAGAGUCAAAGCCGCCAGCUUGGUUUUAAAACCAAUGGCCACUAAGAUCAUCAGCGCUGUGCCCACAAUGUUCUGGACAAU